AAGUUCAGCUAAGGAGAACAAAUCUAUCGAUCAGUGUAAGAUUUACGUUUUGAGCUGAUUUGAAGCUGAUUCAACGUAGAAGAUAUCGUAUUGUAUCUAUUUCAAUAAAGGACAACAGAGAGAGAAAGCAUCAUGUCUGAAGGAAUAACACAGAUUUUUAACGCAUUCCAAGACCAUCUAAACAACGAGCAGGGCACACGUGAGGAGAUUCGUGUUAUCGUCAAAGAGAUUGAGAAAAAUGCUAGAGAUAUUUUAAUAAUAUUGCAAAAUAUUCACAAUGUAGUAAUUUCUAAGGAUCAGGAGGAAGUUGUCAUAAUAAAAUAUUGCGCACAUGCAAGAGAACUGUUCGAAGAAAUAAGGAAGCAAUAUGCAAGUUUGACUGCAUUGGUACCAAAUGAUCAGUAUUAUCGUUUCCAUGACCAAUGGCGUUUUGUCACACAGAGACUGUGCUUCUUAGUUUCUCUAGUAAUAUACCUGGAAACCAAAAUUUUGGUUACUAAAGAGACUGUUGCUGAGAUAUUAGGAGUGAAAAAUAACAGAGAGGAAGGUUUUCACUUGGACCUGGAGGAUUAUCUGUUGGGUUUAUUGCAGUUAUCUGCAGAACUGAGUCGUUUUGCUGUAAAUUCCGUCACAGGCGGCGAUUACAAUCGGCCGAUAGAAAUCGCGCAAUUCCUUAACGAACUAAACGCCGGAUUUCGACUAUUGAACUUAAAGAACGACAUGUUGAGGAAACGUUUCGACUGUCUCAAGUAUGAUGUGAAAAGGACUGAAGAAGUGGUGUAUGAUUUGACUAUCCGUGGUUUAAAACCCACCACUGAGCCCGCUUCUGUCAACCAGACAGAAACGUUGAAACCUACUGACGAAACCGUUUAGAUUCUUUGUACUUUAAACCAAUGUGUAUUUCUAUAACUACUAUGAAUUUUACAUGGCCAACGAUAAUAUAAGAUUUUCAUACGUAAUAUAUAAUAUAUUUAAGUAUAUUCGCGCGCGCGCAUAUAUAAUAAAUGUUCCAUAUUGUGUUCUAUA